GCGCUACGGGUAUAUAAACGGCGGCGGAGCGUCGGUUGUAGCAUUCUGCGCGCCCGCUGCUCGGCUCCUGCUUCUGUGUUUCCAUCCGCGCCGCUGCCACCAUGAGGGAGAUCGUGCACCUGCAGGCCGGCCAGUGCGGCAACCAGAUUGGCGCUAAGUUCUGGGAAGUGAUAAGCGAUGAGCACGGCAUCGACCCUACGGGCACGUACCACGGGGACAGCGACCUGCAGCUGGAGCGCAUCAAUGUCUACUACAACGAGGCCACCGGUGGCAAGUACGUGCCCCGCGCUGUGCUCGUGGACCUGGAGCCGGGCACCAUGGACUCGGUGCGCUCGGGGCCCUUCGGGCAGAUUUUCCGGCCGGACAACUUCGUCUUCGGUCAGAGUGGCGCCGGCAACAACUGGGCCAAGGGGCACUACACGGAGGGUGCCGAGCUGGUGGACUCCGUCCUGGACGUCGUGCGGAAGGAGGCUGAGAGCUGCGACUGCCUGCAGGGCUUCCAGCUGACGCACUCGCUGGGCGGGGGCACGGGGUCCGGGAUGGGCACGCUGCUCAUCAGCAAGAUCCGGGAGGAGUACCCCGACCGCAUCAUGAACACCUUCAGCGUGGUGCCCUCGCCCAAGGUGUCGGACACGGUGGUGGAGCCCUACAACGCCACCCUCUCGGUCCACCAGCUGGUGGAGAACACGGACGAGACCUACUGCAUCGACAACGAGGCCCUCUACGACAUCUGCUUCCGCACCCUCAAGCUGACCACGCCCACCUACGGGGACCUCAACCACCUGGUGUCGGCCACCAUGAGCGGGGUCACCACCUGCCUGCGCUUCCCCGGCCAGCUCAACGCCGACCUGCGCAAGCUGGCCGUCAACAUGGUGCCCUUCCCCCGCCUGCACUUCUUCAUGCCCGGCUUCGCCCCCCUCACCAGCCGGGGCAGCCAGCAGUACCGGGCCCUGACGGUGCCCGAGCUCACCCAGCAGAUGUUCGACGCCAAGAACAUGAUGGCCGCGUGCGACCCGCGCCACGGCCGCUACCUGACCGUGGCUGCCGUGUUCCGGGGCCGCAUGUCCAUGAAGGAGGUGGACGAGCAGAUGCUCAACGUGCAGAACAAGAACAGCAGCUACUUCGUGGAGUGGAUCCCCAACAACGUGAAGACGGCCGUGUGCGACAUCCCGCCGCGGGGGCUGAAGAUGUCGGCCACCUUCAUCGGCAACAGCACGGCCAUCCAGGAGCUGUUCAAGCGCAUCUCCGAGCAGUUCACGGCCAUGUUCCGGCGCAAGGCCUUCCUGCACUGGUACACGGGCGAGGGCAUGGACGAGAUGGAGUUCACCGAGGCCGAGAGCAACAUGAACGACCUGGUGUCCGAGUACCAGCAGUACCAGGACGCCACGGCCGAGGAGGAGGGCGAGUUUGAAGAGGAGGCCGAGGAGGAGGUGGCCUAGAGCACCUGCUACCGGAAGCGUGAGAACUCUUUAUUCACUCUCAGCCUGUCCUCAUGAUCCUGUCUCACUGUGUGCACUGCUCUCCUUCCUGUCUUGACAUCUGAGUUGUACAGACACCAUUAAAGCAUUUUCAUAGUG